AACAACAUACUCCUAUAUUGCCAGAGGUUGCCCAGAAGAUCUCGAGGCGUCGGUUUUGGGAGACGGAGAGACAUGAGGGCCAUACCCUGCGCCGCGCCGCUCAUGCCGCUGCUGGUGGUUGUGGUGCUGCUGCUCGUCGCGCCAUGGCGAGGCGGCGGGGCGGCGGUGGCUCGAGCUCUCAACUUCACGAGGGCGGACUUCCCCGGGGACUUCGUCUUCGGAGCCGGCACGUCGGCCUACCAGUACGAGGGGGCGACCGGCGAAGACGGGAGGAGCGCAAGCAUUUGGGACACUUUUACUCAUGCAGGGAGGAUGCCAGACAAGAGCACCGGCGAUUUGGGCGCAGACGGCUACCACAGAUACAAGGAGGAUGUGGAGUUGAUGAGCGACGCCGGCCUGGAGGCGUACCGGUUCUCCAUUUCCUGGUCCAGGCUCAUUCCAAGAGGAAGAGGGCCCGUGAACCCUAAAGGGCUGGAGUACUACAACAACCUGAUAAAUGAGCUGACAAGAAGAGGAAUCCAGAUACAUGUCACCCUGUACCACCUCGAUUUUCCUCAGAUCCUCGAAGACGAGUACCACGGCUGGCUCAGCCCCAGGGUCGUGGAUGACUUCACGGCGUUCGCGGACGCGUGCUUCCGGGAGUUCGGGGACCGGGUGCGGCACUGGACAACCAUGGACGAGCCCAACGUGAUCGCCAUCGCCGCCUACGACAGCGGCGCCUUCCCGCCGUGCCGCUGCUCGGCGCCCUACGGGAUGAACUGCACCACGGGGGACUCCACCGUGGAGCCCUACACCGUGGCGCACCACUCCAUCCUGGCGCACGCCGCCGCCGUCAGGCUCUACCGGGACAAGUACCAGGCCACGCAGGGGGGCGUCGUCGGCAUGAACAUCUACAGCUUCUGGAACUACCCCUUCUCUCCCACCCCCGCCGACGUCGCCGCCACGCAGAGGUCGCUCGACUUCAUGGUCGGCUGGAUCUUGGACCCCUUGGUGAAAGGAGACUACCCUGAGAUCAUGAAGAAGAAGGCCGGGUCACGGAUUCCGUCCUUCACCAAGGAACAGUCCGAGCUCAUCCGUGGGGCCAUCGACUUCGUUGGCAUCAACCACUACACGUCGGUGUAUGUCAGCGAUGGGAAGAGCGGCGCCGACGCGAGCCUCCGGGACUACAACGCCGACAUGUCUGCCACAUUCAGAAUGUCAAGGAAUGAUAGCGGUACUGGUCAGUUCAUCCCUAUCAACAUGCCCAAUGAUCCACAGGGGCUGCAAUGUAUGCUCCAGUACCUCACGGACACAUACCAGAACAUCCCUAUCUAUGUCCAAGAAAAUGGCUAUGGGCAGUUCUUCACCGACUCGGUCAAUGAUCAUAACAGAGUGGAGUACUUAAGUGGGUACAUCGGCAGCACACUCGCUGCACUCAGGAAUGGAGCCAACGUGAAGGGCUACUUUGUUUGGUCAUUCCUGGACGUGUUCGAGUUUAUGGCGGGCUAUUAUUCGCGAUACGGACUGCACUACGUUGAUUUUCAGGAUCCUGAGUUGCCAAGGCAGCCAAAGCUCUCUGCUAAGUGGUACUCCAAGUUCUUAAAGAGUGAAAUUGGGAUAAGUAUAGAGAAGAUGGUUAGUCCUGACACGAGGUCACAUGCUCAACAAUGAGGUUAACUAGCAGUGCAUAGAGAUAUUCAGGUUGGGGGUACUGGAGAAACAAGAAAAAGUCCAGAUGGUUGCUUAUAAUUUUUCUUGUUCGGUUUGGAAAGAUGGAAUUUUAUUCGUCUUCUUAUAGUUGAUGAUGGUGGCUCACCAUCAGGUGUUUUUCUGAUGAGAAAUAGGUGUAUACCCUUCUGUUCUUGGUGUCAUGACUAAUUACGUUUUGGUAAUCAGAUAUAAAUAAAGCAGACUAUACUUAA